AUGAGCACUUCAAUUGUCUAUGAAUCAUGUUCUAAAAGCUUCAUACAAUCAUACUUCGCCACAAAAACACAUAUUGUCAUUGCAGAAAAGGAAACUUUGAGGAACAAAAUUGUACUUAAAUAUAUUAAUCGUAAUGAUGUUUCAAAAAUAACAAUAUUAAGUACAAACAUUCAAAGCUCGAAAAGUGUUCGAGAAAUAAGCAUCUGCAAUUCAUUUAUAAUUUUAAAUUUGGUAACGGCUAUACAAAUUAUCAAAGUAGGAAAUCUAGACGAAAGCGAUUCCUGGAAUCUGUCCAACUACAACGAUGAGAUAAAUACUAUCUAUACAACCAAUUCUGAUCGAGAUAACGCUUUGCUCAUUUAUAUUGGAACAAAAUUGGGAAAUUUGAUUCAAGUAAGAUAUAUUUCAGAACUUCAAAGGUUUGACAUGCUGUCAUCUACAUCUGACUUGGUUGCAGAUUCAAUCAAUAGUAUCAAAGGUAUUGAAAAUGAAAUUGUACUUUCAUCUUAUGAUAAUUUCAUUUAUUCAAAAAUCGAAGAUAAAUAUGAGAAACAACAUUGUGAGAUUGAAGAUGACGACACGAACGUGGUAACGUGGUGUCAUUUUAUAAAGCUUCCGAAGUAUAGUAAUUCAUUUCUUAGAUUUUAUGCUGUUCACAUAACAAAUUUCGGAUGUCAGCUUUAUAGGAGAUCUACUAGAGGAGAAUGGACUUUAUCACAAUAUUUCAAAAAAAAGCAGUGUCAUAAUGAAAAAUCAUCAUCUUUAGACUGUUUUGUAAAAUAUCUUGAAAAUGACCGAAUACUAAUCAUUUCAGGUAGCGAAGUGGGUAAAUUAUAUUACUGGGUUUACGAUUUUAAAAAUGAAGUAACUACUGAAACCAAAAUAGUGCAUCUUCCAGAAGGCAAGCUUAUUCAUUCAAUUAGCAUGAUUGAUAAUGAUAAGAUCUUUUUUAUUAGUAAUGACAAUAAAUGUAUAAAUGCCUUGUAUAUAUGA